UAAGAGUUGACACGCAUUUUAACUCGAAGAGGUCUCGAGUCGAACACAUUGGCUACAGACUUCCGUUUUGGAUAAGACCGGUGGCUGCGCUGAUUCAAACUAUGAGGCAAUAAAGGGAGGGAAUGAACCGGAGCCAGCGGAAGCUGAGGCUAAACCCGUUGCUCCCACUCCUUCAAACCCGUCUCUGCCACCACCUCCAUCUCCUCUCCCAUCUCCGCACCCUCAAGCGGAGACUCGCCGUCGGCGGCUCCCUCAGGUCCCCCAAGUCCUUCAAAUCCUAUGCCGAGACCUGCGCCUCCCUCCUCCGCCUAUGCUCCGCCGACGGCCACCUCUCCGCCCUCGGCCUCGCCCUCCACGGCCACGCCCUCCGCGCUGGCGUCUCCUCCGACCGAUCCGUCUCUUCCAAGCUCCUCGCCAUGUACGCCCUCGCCGGCCACCCAGCAGACCGCGACCUCUUCCUCGCCGAGCGCUGCCGGCCCCCAGACCUCUUCUCCCGCAACCUCAUGGUCGCCUACAGCGCUCGCUCAGGUGACCUGGCUACCGCUCGCCUCUUGUUCGACGGAAUGCCCGAUAGGAACGCCGUCACCUGGACUCUCAUGGUCGACGGCCACAUGAAGCGCGGCAGCGUCGGUGAGGCGGCCGGCUACUUCGAGAGGUGCCCUUACAAGACCGUCAUCUGCUUCACUGCGUACAUAAGCGGGUUCGUCCUGAAUGGGCUGCACCUCGACGCCCUGGUGCACUUCCGCCGUAUGCUUGCGUCCGGUCUCAUGCCGAACGAGGUGACGUUUACCUGCGUCCUCAAGGCUUGCGUGGGAGCGGGCGAGUUCGAGCUGGGGAAGAGCGUCGUGGGGCUAAUCGUCAAGACCAACUUCGAUGGGCAUGUGUCGGUGCAGAACUCGUUGAUCACUCUGUAUCUGAGGAUGGGUGAUGUGGAUGUGGCGAGGACUGUGUUCGACCAGAUGGAGGAACGGGACGUCGUCUCGUGGACGGCCAUUCUUGAUGUCUACGCGCAGAUGGGGGACUUGAAGGAAGCGCGACGAAUCUUUGAAGAGAUGCCAGAGAGAAACGAGGUCUCUUGGAGCACGAUGAUCGCAAGGUAUGGUCAGAGCGGGGAAGCAUUGGAAGCCAUAAAUCUUUUUCGCUUCAUGCUUCACGAUGGUCAGAGGCCGAACGUCUCCUGUUUAGCCAGUGCCAUCAGCGCUUCAUCUGGCUGUGAGAAUUUGCUCUUUGGGAGUGGCGUCCAUUGCCACGCAUUGAAGGUUGGGUUUGAAACCGAUGUUUUUGUCGGUAGCUCUCUGAUUGAUAUGUAUUGCAAGUGCAAAGACGUGGCAGAUGGACGCCGGGUUUUUGACUUGAUCCCGGAGAAGAACAUAGUAUGCUGGAACUCGAUGGUAGCAGGUUACAGCUGUAAUGAUCGGAUAGAAGAAGCUGAAGAGCUUUUCGAAGCAAUGACCAACAGGAAUAUUGCAUCUUGGAAUGCGAUGAUCUCAGGUUAUGCAGAGAACGGACGAUUCAUGCGGGCGCUGGAAACAUUUGAUAACCUGCUGGUUUCAGAACUACCACCAAGCCAGAUGACUUUUUCCAGUGUGCUUCUUGCUUGUGCAACCCUGUGUUCAUUAGAUAAAGGAAAGAACCUCCAUGGUAGGAUUGUGAAGAUUGGCAUUCAGCAUGAGGUUUUCAUUGGAACAGCACUUGUAGAUAUGUAUGCAAAAUGUGGAGACAUCGAGAGUACCAAGAGAGUGUUUCAUGGGAUGCCUGAGAAGAACGAGGUCUCCUGGUCUGCAAUGAUCCAGGGGCUUGCGGACAAUGGUUUCGCAGAGGAGUCCAUAACCAUGUUUGAAGAAAUGAAAAGAGCAGCAAUAGCUCCAACAGAUCCUACAUUUUUGUCUGUUCUAUUUGCUUGCUCACAUUGCGGUUUGGUUGAUAAGGGUUUGCAGUAUUUUGACUCAAUGGAAGAGAUCUACGGCAUCUCACCUAACACGAGACACUAUAGCUGCGUUAUUGAUUUACUUGCUCGAGCUGGUCAUUUGAGAGAAGCCGAAGAAAUAAUCAGUACAAUGCCCAUUAAGCCAGAAGCUAAUUCAUGGGCCGCUCUGUUGAGUGCUUGUUCCACUUUUAGGGAUGAAGAGAUUGGGGAGAGGGUUGCCAAGAGGUUGUGGGAAUUGGAGAAAGAGAAUACAGCUGGUUAUGUCUUGCUUUCAAACAUAUAUGCUUCGUGCGGGAGAUGGAAAGAUGUAGCAAAGGUGAGAACUCAGAUGAGACGAUUAGGAAAGAAGAAGGUGGGAGGGUGCAGUUCAAUUCAGAUAAGAGAUCAGUUCCAUACAUUCUUUAGUUGGGAUGUAAUGCAUCCAAAAUCAUCAAAGUUGAGAUGCAUGAGGAGGAAACUAAGAUUCACAAGUGAUGCCAAAAGCCAAACGCAUAGAGAUGGGUGGCCAAAAUAGCUUUUUCUUAUUCUAGUGUUGGCUAUAACUAAAUGGAGCAGGGACAAAUCCAAAAGGAGUGAGCAGUAUUGGUUUCCAAAUCUACUGACUGUAUCCCUUGUCAAUCCAGGAUAAACUUACCUCUCUCACCAUAAGUUGGAGGGGGUCAAUCCCUUGCCGUUGCUUAUCCUGUGUGGAGCUCAUGGAAGCUGGAGACUGACAGUAAAGUAUGCGACUCUCUUGACAGUAAAGUAUGUGACUCUCUCUCUCUCUCUCUCUCUCUCUCUCCUUCCCACAAACCCUCAAAUGAAGAAGUAGGUGACCUACUCAUGGAUGCAUGUGGCUCACAUCAACCCUAUCUCAAGGACACCUAGCUGUCACUGCGUACUAAGUCCAUAUAUAUAUAUAUAUAUAUAUAUAAAAGAGACCUUGUAAUUUAAGUCUCAAAUAACUUGCAUGAGUUGGGACAUAAAUUAUUUAUAGACUAUCUAAUUGGACAAGUCCUACAAAUGUAGACUUGACUUGGAAUAUGUGGAACCCAUCUGUGAGAGAAUGAAUUGGUGCUAUCAACCUCAUCCUUUUAUCU